AUGGGCGUGACAAAGGAAAUUCUCGUGCCAGGUGCUGGACCAAGGCCGACCAAGGGCGCAGCCGUCACGGUUCAUUGUACGGGAUAUGGAAAAGAUCGUGAUCUGAAUCAAAAGUUUUGGAGUACUAAGGAUCCUGGUCAAACGCCCUUUACGUUUAGUGUUGGACUCCAACAAGUGAUUAAAGGAUGGGAUGAAGGUGUAUUGGGCAUGAAACUUGGAGAGACAGCUCGACUUACGUGCACACCUGACUAUGCGUAUGGCGCUAGUGGGUUUCCAACGUGGGGAUAUCCUUUUCUACUCUAG